AUGAGAAAGGAAGACAUUAGCACUAAAGGGUGCAUUGUUGCUGAAAAUGAUAUCUGGGAUCAAUAUGUGUUGCAUCAGAGAAAGCGCGUCGGAGAAGUUGACGAUGACCGGUUAACAUUCGAAGCCAGCACUAUCUUGUCCAGGGAGGGAAUAGAAAUGCAUAUGAGUUCUGGUGCUGAGAAGUCAGAGGAGGUUAAAUUUGCUGUGCCCCUACUGGACAUGAACAUAAACAAGAUGGUGGCUUGCUGUCCCUGGAGAUAUUCCCAGAAGAUAUUCUUACAGGUUGUAUAUCCUGUUGGAAGAAAAUAUAUGUCAGCGCCUUCAGCUGCUCGCCUGAAGUUAGUAUCUUCUCCUGAGCUGAAAGCCGUAUUUUCCAUUGAUGAUGUCAAGCUACCUCCUUGGUUGGAUGGGAUGUGUUUGGCAGAAUAUCUCCCAAAUCUGGAAGAAUAUCUUGGGAAGCAGGUCUUAGAGGCUGUUUCAUUGAUUGAAGUUAGAAGGCACUUCAUUGAAGCAUUAUCCAGUCCGUUUGGAAGGCCAGUUGAAGCUGACGCUGUCUUUUGCAGGAAGGCAACUUUUCUUGCUGCAUCUGGUGUUUUCACGUUCCUGGUACACCUCCUAAUUCCAACUCAAUUUCCAAAGCAACAGCCGGCUAUUAUGCUUCAAAGUUCACAGCAUUUUAAUUCACAAAUGGCACCUAUGAAGUCACGUGUUAUGUCUGAUUAUCCAUGGAGUCCGAGAUGGGAACCAUCACUGAUGGCCGAGCGUAUUUGUGAGUUUCUGGCAGAUGAGGCCUUGAAUUUCAAGAGGCAAUGCAGUGAGGGUCAAGUUCAGUAGUAACAUGGACAGAGCAUGUUCAGCUCAAUUCCAAUGUUGUGGCAACCUCUAGACCUGUUAAUUGAAAAAUGUCUUUUUGCUCCUCUUGGUCAAUGCAAUUUUAUUUUGGAUUGAGUUUAAAUGAAUUGCCGUGGGAAUUUUUCUUGUAUUUGUGCCAUUGUCAUUUUUUUGUAUUUCGUAAUGUAUGUAUGUCUUUGUCAAAAAACUAACUUACUAGGAUGCAUGGGUGUAUUAUCAAAAAGGCAUAUCAACAUGGGCAAGAAAGAAGGGUUUAUAGUUU